UAAAUAUUAGGAAGACACUUUUGUCUAAAGGAAUACAUAUGAAUGUUUUGGAUAUAAUGAGGAAACAUCCACAUUCUCCUGAAGUGUCUGAAAGUGCCUGCAGAAUUCUGAAUCAUGUUUUCGAAGGAAGUUUCCCUCAUCUGGAUGUAAUGACGGUAGCUGCAUCAGAAGUUGUAAAAGCCAUGAGGGAACAUGAAAAAUCUCUCUCUGUACAACUGGAAGCACUUAGAGUCCUUUUACACUUUGUGAUGCCCGAUACAAAGAAUGACCAGCAUGGUUCUUCCAAAGAUGUGUUUGCACUUAUAGUAAAAGUCAUUAAAAACCAGUGUCUGGUGGAGAGAACUCAUUCGUUGGUGCUUAAUGCUUUGAACAGGUUUAUUGGAAAUCCUAACAUUCAGAAGUGUGGAUUAAAACUACUUGCUGCUGUAGCUGAGUUACCUUGUGUACCAGAAAUUUUAACGCGGCAAGGAGCUACUGACACUGUGCUUCACACUCUACAGAUGUAUCCAGACGAACAAGACAUACAAUGCUUGGGUUUGAGUCUUCUACGCUCUUUGAUUACAAGAAAGAGUUUGUGUAUUGCAACUAUGCAUGUUCUGUCAACAGUUCUGGUUUCUGCUCUGCGACGAUUUAAAGAGGUCACUGAAAUCCAGAUGCAUGGAUUUCAUGCAAUCUUGUCAAUUCUCAGUUUGUCACCUUGUUUUGCAAAGCUGCUGGUACUUGAAUCAUUUGACACAGUGAUUUUCUACCAGAUGUCCAUGUGUUUCACCAACCAGCGAGAUCGACAGUUUCAAAGCCUGUGUUGUAAAUGUUUUGCUAAAAUGGCUGAAAAUGAUGAUUUAAAAAAUCUGAUGCUGGAGAAAGCAUGUAUUGAGUACAAUAGUAUCAUGGCUGAAUGUUUACUUCUACUGGGAGCUGAUAUUAAUAAGAAGACAAAGACAAACUCUUUGAUCUAUCAGGUUUGUGAAAAAGGAAAUAACCCUAAAUUGGUGGAACUGCUGUUAGCCAAUGGUGCUCGAGAGCAGGAUGUUCGGAGUGCUUUGACCAUCAGUAUAAAGAGAGGAGACAGCCAAAUCAUCAGCUUGCUCUUGAAGAAGCUUAGUCUUGAUGUUGCCAACAGCAGUAUAUGUCUUGGAGGAUUUGGUAUUGGGAGACUAGAACCUUCCUGGCUCAUCCCAUUGUUCCCAGAUAAAAUUACUCCAUUAAGAAAACAAAAUGCAGGUUCUGCACUGGCAAGAAUGGUGCUUAAAUUCCAGAUGAGGACUAUUUCAGAGGAUAGAUCAAGAGCCUCCUCUGAUCUAAACUUCUCUGAAGAUGGAGUGGAUAAAAACUAUGAUUGGAAUUUCAUUUCUGACCCUUUAGUGGACAGUGUUUUUCCUUUGACUGAUGAUAUUGAUAGUGAAGGAAGUGAAGGUCCGCUUUUUACAAAAAAGAAGUCCAAUUCCAUUGCAGUUCUUGACUUAAAUUGUAAGGAAAUGGCAUUUCAGAGAGGUUCUCCUACUUUGCCACGACAUUCCUACUCUGUGGGACCUGGCUCAGAUUAUGAACCAUUAAUGAAACAAAGAAGAAAAUUCCUGCCUUCAGAUGAAUCCCUCAAAGGCAUCUCAAAAUUUUCACCACAUAUAAGACCAUCAGACAGUCUUUCUUCGUUGAUCUCGGACAAAGAAUAUAUUAAAUCACUAGAUCUCUCAUCAAAUGAGCUGGAAAACAUUGAUGCCAUCAGCCAGAAUAGCUGCUUAACUAGUCAUCUGGAACAUCUUGAGAAACUGGAGCUCCACCAAAAUGCUCUUACAAACAUUCCAGAACAACUGUGUGAAAACUUGAAAUGCUUGACUUACUUGGAUUUGCACAGUAACCGAUUUACUUCUUUUCCAACUUAUUUACUGAAAAUGAAUUGUAUUGCAAAUCUUGAUAUCUCUCGAAAUGACAUUGGACCUUCCUUUGCUUUGGAUCCAUACCUCAGAUGUCCAACUCUAAAGCACCUUAAUCUUUCAUACAAUCAGCUGGUGUGCACUCCUGAAUGUCUUUCAAAUGUUGCUGAAAAUCUGGAACAGCUAUCACUAGAAGGAAACAAAAUUUCGUGCUUAUGUUCACCCAUAUGCUUGAAAGAACUGAAGAUUUUAAACAUUAGUAAGAACAAUAUUUCAUCCCUUGCUGAGAAUACCUUCAUGGGCUGUACAAAACUGGAGCAGCUCAACGCCAGGAUGAAUGCUCUUGAAGUGAUACCUGACUUGUCAUCCAGCAUAACAAGCUUAAAAUUGUCCCAAAAUUGUUUUGUUAGUGUUCCAGAAGCAAUUCUUCUUCUACCACAUUUGCGAUCUGUAGAUUUAAGCCAAAACAAGAUCGUAAGCCUGCCUGGACCAAUGCACUGGAAAUCAUUGAACUUAAGGGAGCUGUUAUUUAAUCAUAAUCAAAUAGACAUCUUGGACUUGAGUGAAAAGCCAUGUACAUGGUCUAGGCUAGAAAAGCUACACCUGUCCCACAACAAGUUAAAGGAGAUUCCUCCUCAGAUUGGCUUCCUAGAGAACUUGACUUCUCUAGAUGUAAGUCAUAAUCCCGAUUUGAGAUUCUUUCCAGAUGAAAUGGGGAGACUGUCCAAAAUCUGGGAUCUUCCUGUGGAAGGACUCCAUCUUAAUUUAGACUUCAAACAUGUGGGAUGCAAAGCCAGAGACAUUAUCAGAUUUCUUCAACAACGAUUGAAGAAGGCUGUGCCUUAUAACAGAAUGAAGCUCAUGAUUGUUGGAAACACUGGCAGUGGGAAAACUACCCUGCUACAGCAACUAAUGAAAUGCAAACGAACAGAACUGGGCUCUCCGAAAGCGACAAUAGGCAUUGAUGUAAAAGACUGGAUCAUUCAAGGGAAAGGCAAAAUGAAGAAAGAGCUUAUCUUAAAUGUGUGGGAUUUUGGAGGACAAGAAGAGUUCUACAGUACCCAUCCUCAUUUUAUGACCCAAAGAGCUUUAUAUCUUGCUGUUUAUAAUAUCAGCAAAGGACAAGCAGAGGUGGAUGCUAUGAAGCCAUGGCUUUUUAACAUCAAG